AUGGCCACGGACGAGCUGGCCAGCAAGCUGAACCGGCGGCUGCAGAUGGAGGACGAGGGCGGCGCCGAGGCCCCGGAGCAGCCCGGGCUGAACGGGGCGGCGGCGGCGGCGGCCGGGGCGCCCGACGAGGCGGCCGAGGCGCUGGGCAGCGCGGACUGCGAGCUGAGCGCCAAGCUGCUGCGGCGCGCCGACCUCAACCAGGGCAUCGGCGAGCCCCAGUCGCCCAGCCGCCGCGUCUUCAACCCCUACACCGAGUUCAAGGAGUUCUCCAGGAAGCAGAUCAAGGACAUGGAGAAGAUGUUCAAGCAAUACGACGCUGGCCGGGACGGCUUCAUUGACCUGAUGGAGCUGAAGCUGAUGAUGGAGAAGCUCGGAGCCCCGCAGACCCACCUGGGCCUGAAAAACAUGAUCAAGGAGGUGGAUGAGGACUUGGACAGCAAGCUCAGCUUCCGGGAGUUCCUCCUGAUUUUCCGCAAGGCGGCGGCUGGGGAGCUGCAGGAAGACAGCGGGCUGCACGUGCUCGCCCGCCUCUCCGAGAUCGAUGUCUCCACCGAGGGCGUCAAGGGGGCCAAGAGCUUCUUCGAGGCCAAGGUCCAGGCCAUCAACGUGUCCAGCCGCUUUGAGGAGGAGAUCAAGGCGGAGCAGGAGGAGAGGAAGAAGCAGGCGGAGGAGAUGAAGCAGCGGAAGGCAGCCUUCAAGGAGCUGCAGUCCACCUUCAAGUAGCCAGGGGCUGUGGCCUGACCCCUUGGCCCCGGCCCCGGCCCCGGCGCCCGGUGCAGCCAGCGGGAGCGGGCGGACUGGAGGCCAAGUCUGAAUCCUGGGCUCUGUCCGCAGGGACCCUACUGAAAACCUACCAAGUCUGUGAACGGGGCCAGCCGAGGGGCGCCCCAGGUGGCCCGGUCCCCCUGCUCCCUCCCACUCUUCCUGAGGCCGGGCCACCCGUGCCGGCUCCUCGCCCGGCCCAGCCCUCCUCCCUGGAGAUUCCUGCGUGUCUCUCACCCUCGGCCGCCCCCUUUGCCUGCACGAGCGCUGCAGCUGCUCCGAGCCCAGCCCCUGGCCCUGAGGGCCUCCCUGCUCCGGGCGCCUGCCCUCCAUGCCUGCCCUUAACCUGCAGGCCACGCAGCCCCUGGGGCCCUCAAGCAGCUUCCCAGACUGGGGGAGGACGGACAGCAAGAAGGUGGCAGGCGCCAGCUCUGUAGGAGAGCGGGACGGAAGGGGCUAAGCAAAGGCACUGGGGCUCCCCAUCCCCAACGACUUUUCCUCCAGCCCUGCCUCCUCUCUCUGCUGGGGGCGGGGUUGGAGAGGGGGGCUUCUGUAUUGGCAGAGGGACCCAGGCCCCGGUCCCCCAUGUUCACAUGGAGACCCUGGCACUCUGGGACCCAGCCAGGCAAGGGUGAGGGGCAGCUGUGCCCAUCUACCUCACGGGCCCACACUCUGCCGGCCGUGCCAUGGAUCAUGGGCAGGGAAGGCUCCGGGGGCAGAAAGGUCACUCCCCAGUCUCCCUGCAACCACCCGGGGGUCCCAGGGGCUCUGGAGAGAGCAGGGUGGAGGGGGAUUGGCCCCUUCAUGGGAAGGAAACCAGCGCCUGGUUCCAUUCUCCAGGACGCAUCCAAGAAGUGCUUUAAGUGGUUUGCACGGACCAGGCGGUGGGGAGCAGGGGCCUUUCUGGGCCCCUUCAAGCCAUCCUUCCCCCAAGUGAUGGGCACCGCCUUGUCACCAGCGACGGGACCCGUCCCGUCACACACACACCCCCAGCCGAGGAAGCAUGGGGACCCCAGGCCUCCCUGUGCCCAUCUGAAGACGGGCGGUGGCCACGCCUGUGCCACCAGCCUAGUCCCACGCAGCUCCCAGUGUGCUCUCUUCCGUGCGUGCGUGUCCGUGUGUGUGCGCGUCUGUGUCCGCUGCCGUGUCGUGAAACUGUGCCCGUCACUCAGCCAAACAAGUGAAUGGCCGUCGAGGCCACAGUUAUGCAACUUUCCGUGUGUGUCAUGACGUCACUGCUUUUUAAACUUGAUAACUCUUUAUUUUAGUAAAAUGCCCCAAGAGUCCACAAAACUCCUGUUGGAUUUGCAGAGGUUUUAUUUUUUUGGCCUUAGAAUCUGCAGAAAUUAGGAGGUACUGACCCCAGUGCGGCAGCCUUGGCCCCGGAUUGCGGUUGCCUUAGCGGAUAUGUUUAUACAGAUGAAUAUAAAAAGUUCUCUUUCUUUGGCUUCUUGCUUUUUCCCCCUCCCUUCUCACCUUCCCCCAAAGAAAGCUACUUCUUCAUUUGGUGGUACAAUUAUUUUUUUUAACUAAAAUAAGAUAAAAGUCUA